AUGGCGCUGAAGAGAAUCAAUAAGGAACUUGGUGAUUUGGCCCGUGACCCUCCAGCACAAUGUUCUGCAGGUCCAGUUGGGGAUGAUAUGUUCCACUGGCAAGCCACCAUCAUAGGACCUAAUGACAGCCCCUAUCAAGGCGGUGUAUUCUUUUUGACCAUUCAUUUUCCUAGAGACUACCCCUUCAAGCCACCUAAGGUUGCCUUUACAACAAGAAUUUAUCAUCCAAAUGUUAACAGUAAUGGCAGCAUUUGUCUCGAUAUUCUAAGAUCACAGUGGUCUCCUGCUUUAAGUAUUUCUAAAGUUCUUUUAUCCAUUAGUUCACUGCUAUGUGAUCCAAACCCAGAUGACCCCCUGGUGCCAGAGAUUGCACGGAUCUAUAAAACAGACAGAGAAAAGUACAACGAAAGAGCUCGGGAAUGGACUCAGAAGUAUGCCAUGUGAUGCUGCCUUAAAGUCAGAAAAACCUGCGUUCUAGCUGGAAUGCACUUUAAAUCACUGUUC